CCUCCACACAAGGAGUGAGCCAAUUUGACAGUUUAGGAUCGCCAAUAUUAGCUGUGAAAACAUCCAAUCCACCACGUCGUAACAGCUAUACUGAUAUGGAUGGGGUGCCAUUGUCAGAUGUUGAAAGUGAGGAAAGCAUCGUAGAAAAAUUCCUUCACAAAUUAGAUUCUACAUUACGUGAUGAGGUGAAAUCCAGCCUGUCCAAACGCUCCAUCAUCAAGCUUGGACUCCGCUGUACACAGAAAGGGGCUGAGAUUCGCUUGAUCGACGGUCAGUUUCAAGAGGGCCCAUUUACUGGUCAAGAUGCUACAAUCAAAACUCCUGUUGCAGAAUUCAAAGACUUAGGUGAAGACAUUUUGCCACGCUGGAUAGGCACAGGUUUAGCAGAGACAUUACGUUUCCGAGAUUGCUUCCAGGAAAAUCUCCACCGGAGCUGUGGCAUCACUAUUGACCAGA